GACAGUGGGGUGGACUGUCGGCUCUCAAACCUUCGUGAGGAGGACACUGUAGAAGCUGUCCCCACGGUGACAAGGACUGGCAGGGACAACAUGCUGCUGAGGCUGAAGAAAGGGCUGAGGGACAAUCACACACUCACAGGACAUACCCUCACAGCCCAGGGUGGUGAAAGAGGAGAUCUCAGACGACAAUGCCAAACUGCCCUUUUUCAAUGGCCGAGUCGUGUCAUGGUUGGUGUCGGCAGAUGGUUCUCACGGGGGUUCAGAUGGGGGUUCUACGUGUGCAGACAGCCAGGCAGAGCUGCCACUCCCUUUGGAGAGGACCAGUGGCAUCGGAGACUCAAGACCCCCCUCUUUCCAUGCGAACGCUGCUGGCAGUCAGGACAACCUGGACAACGAGACAGAGAUGGAGUCGGUCGUGUUGCUACAGAGAGAGAGGGAGUGGGAGAGAGACCGGGGCAGGGAGAGGGCGAGGCCGCGAUGGAAAGAGAAAGACACUCAUGACCAUGGUGGCAGGUUGAAUGGUCACACGCGUCCAGAGCGGGAGCCGCGGCGACCGGAGCUGCCGGGCUAUGAGAGCUCGUCAACGCUGAUGAGUUCUGAGCUGGAAACGACAAGCUUCUUCGACUCUGAAGACGAUGAUGCACCCAGUCGGUUCAGUGGCUCCACGGAGCAGAGCACGUCGUCGAGGCUCUUGAGACGACAUCGGCGGCGACGGCGGAAACCCAAAGCGCCACGGAUGGACAGGUCGUCCUCUUUCAGCAGCGUCACAGAUUCCACCAUGUCACUGAACAUCAUCACUGUCACUUUAAAUAUGGAGAAGUAUAACUUCCUGGGCAUCAGUAUUGUGGGUCAGAGUAAUGAGAAAGGAGAUGGAGGAAUCUACAUCGGCUCUAUCAUGAAGGGAGGGGCGGUGGCCGCCGACGGACGCAUCGAGCCUGGAGACAUGCUGCUGCAGGUGAAUGACAUUAACUUUGAGAACAUGAGCAAUGAUGAUGCAGUAAGAGUACUGAGGGAGAUUGUGCACAAGCCAGGUCCUAUUACUCUGACUGUGGCUAAGUGCUGGGAUCCUAACCCUCGAGGAUGCUUCACACUGCCGAGAAGUGAGCCGAUCCGUCCCAUAGACCCUGCUGCCUGGGUGUCCCACACUGCAGCAAUGACAGGGGCGUACCCAGUGUACGGUAUGAGUCCUUCUAUGAGCACCAUCAGCUCCUCCAUCUCAAGCUCCAUCCCUGAGACUGAGCGGUUUGAUGACUUUCAUCUAUCCAUUCACAGCGACAUGGCAACAAUUGCCAAAGCGAUGGCCAAUCUAGAGUCUGGCCUGGAAGUGCGAGACAGGAUGUGGCUCAAGAUCACAAUCCCCUCUGCCUUCAUAGGCUCAGAUGUGGUGGACUGGCUCUACCAUCACAUGGAGGGCUUCACUGACCGCCGUGAGGCCAGGAAGUACGCCAGCAACCUGCUGAAGGCCGGCUACAUCCGGCACACCGUCAACAAGAUCACCUUCUCUGAGCAGUGCUACUACAUCUUCGGAGACCUCUGUGGCAAUAUGGCUAACCUCUCCCUGGGAGACCACGAUGGGUCGAGUGGGGCGUCCGACCAGGACACCCUUGCUCCCCUGCCCCAUCCUGGGGCUGCCCCCUGGCCCCUGGUCUUCCCCUACCAGUACCCCAUCCCACACCCCUACAACCCACACCCUCUGCACGAGCCCCCCCAAAGCCAACCUGGAGGGGGUGGCAGUGCAGGCAGCCAGCACAGCGAAGGGAGUUGUAGCAGCGGGUCCAACCGCAGUGGCAGUAAGAAGGAAGCAGCUGCUGGGGGGGCAGGCGGUGGGGAGUCCAAGUCGUCAGGAAGCGGCAGCGAAUCAGAGCUGAGGAGGGAGAAGCCCCCCAGCGAGCGCUCAGUGGCGGUGCUCCUUAGCGAGCACAGCAUGCGCAGCACACACAGCCUGAACAGCUUGGCCCAAAGUGUCCACAGCACCCACUCCCACAGAGGUAGCCUGGUGUACGGCCCCCCUGGCCUGCAGGUCCAGCCCCCACCCUCCCUACCCACCACGGCCCCCCCUGGGUCGCCCCCGGGCCGAGACCUAGCCUCUGUCCCCCCCGAACUCACCGCCUCGCGUCAAUCGUUCCGCAUGGCCAUGGGCAACCCCAGCGAGUUUUUUGUCGAUGUCAUGUGAUGUGUGCGUUAGGUGAUCCAGAGGGCGGAUCCUCAAUGCAGGUGUUCAGAACUUCCUGGUAUGGAGAGAAAGGAGGUGGAGGAGGAGGAAAGGAUAUAGAGGCUAAGAGAAAGACAGGUGGUGCUGAGAGAAACGUGGGUGUAACUGCAUAGCUCUUCUUCAGUCUGUCGCCAGUUCUGUGGCACCUGUACUUUCGUCAGUGAAGAAAAUCGGAGUGGAUGCAGCUCUCUCCUUUGUCCCCAUUAAAUAGACAAUUUUGUUAAUGUUCUUUUCCACAUCAGUUUGUGUGUGUAUAUGAGUGAGUCAAUAUGUGGUUGGAAUGUUUUCUUUUUGUAAUUUUCUCCCGUCCCACUCAACUGUCAUUGAAUCUCUGUGGACCCUCCAUUGCAACCCCUCUUUAAAAAUCAACACAGUCCAUUCUAGAUUGGAGGAGGCUCCGAGAGAGAGCGAGAGACUGUGGACAUCCUAUUAAAUUACUUUAAAAAGUUUUUCUAUCUAUCUAUCUAUCUAUCUAUCUAUCUAUCUAUCUAUCUAUCUAUCUAUCUAUCUAUCUAUCUAUCUAUCUAUCUAUCUAUCUAUCUAUCUAUUCUAUACUGUGGACAGGGUCGUGUUCAUUAGGGCAUGCAACAGUUUUAAAACGUUUAGCAACAGGAAACUAAAAUUAGCAUUUCUUAUUGGAGAAAUAUGUUCAAUUCAGGAAGUAAAUUGAAAUUCCAAUUCCCAUUUUUUCCACAUAGAUGAGCUUUGAUUUCAGUUUACUUUCCGAAUUGAAAUGGAAUUGACCCCAACCCUGGUGUCGUGUAAUAUAUUGGUGCAAGGUUCAUCUUGUAUACCCUUCAUCUUUCAAUAUUGAUUGCACUGAUUAGUUAGAGCGGAUUAUGAUCACAAUUAACAUGGCUGCUGCUUAGUGUACAGCAAUGAGAAGUACCAUUACAUCUGUCAGAUAUGAUAGACCUAACAAAUGUAUAUCUAUAUGCAUGGGCUUUGUGGUGGCUAAUUUCUGCAUUACCAAAUGAGGAGUUACAAACACACCAGUCCGAGUUAAAACUACAUCUUUAAUACUUAAUUAAGAUACUUUUGCAAAAGUUCUUGACCCCACUAAUGCAUUCUCUCGAAUGAACCAGGAAGGUGAUUACAGAAUUGCUACAGGGAUCUUUUAUAGCAACGAUACCCCCUUCAACGUACAUUGACAAACCACAG